GAAGAACGUGUUUAUCCGAUCCUGACUGGCACUAUUCAGUAUACCAAGCCUAUUAUUUGUGCGAUAAGUGGUUUAUAAGGACUGAAAUAUUAAUUCUACCAAAUCACAAAUUAAAAACAUAUUCGCCAUCGAUCUAUAAACGCAGCAGCUACAAACACUACGCUUCGAGCAAGAUUUUACGUUCAGCAGUAACAACUCGGCACGUUUAAAUCCGAAUUACAGGUACCAAUAUGCUUUCUGAUGAAUCAAGCAGUGAUUCUGAGACAGGUAGAUUCAAAGGUCGAUCUGAAAGACAUGAUCAACAAAAUAAAGCUUCCGGUCAAAGAGAUCACAAUGUAAGGUCAUCAGGGAGAGAUAGACGUGCAGAUCAUGACAGAUUCCAUAGAGAUUCUAAUACAAGAAGGGAGGAGAGAGAUAGAUUUGAUAGACUACCAAGAGAAAGAAAUAGAGCCUCUAGAAACUCUCCAAUACGAAGAAGACAUUCUAUUGACAGAAGUCCUAGCAGAAAAAGAUCUCGAGAAAGGCACAUGCCUAGAAGAAUAUCUAGAGAGAGAUCAAAAACAAAAGAGCAUAGGAGUAGUAGUAGAGACAGACAUCAUCCAUCCAGAGCUAGAACUCACAGGCCUCUAGAACAGAAAAGGGAUAUCAGGGAGGAGAUAAAACGUAACCUAACAAUAAGGGAAGAAAAUAAUGCACAAUUAUCAACGAAACCUAAAAGUUUAAAUAAGUUUGAUAGAGGGACCCGAGACAGAGAGUCUUCAUCGCCAGAGGUUAAAGUCAAAAAGUCUGAAAUACAUAAACCUACUCCCACAGAAAGGAAGAAGAGAAAUGAAAGCCCUGUAGUAGUUGACAAAGAUUGUGAUAGUAAUAAUUCAGAGGAUGUGCAACCUGGUUCAUAUUACAGCAUGAAGCCAACAGUUAUCAAAGAAAAAUCUGAUGGAACUAGUGAAAUUGAUUCUUCUGAUGAUGAAAAGCUUCGUGCUAAACUACUCAAUUUAGAAAAGGAACUCCAUCAAGCCAAAAAGAAAAAACACAAGAAGAAGCACAGGAAAAAGGGAAAACCCAGUAAAGAAGAGAAAGAUCAUGAAACUCCAACUUCUAUAGAAGUAAGCAGCACAACUGAUAUAAAAAACAAAGUGACAACAGACUCUAGCAUUGAUGUUGAUGCUACAGAAGUUACAUCAACACAGAAAAGUAAUCAAGUUGAAAGCAAUGAAGAAGGUGAAAUCUUAAGUGAGGAUGACUCCCAUAGUGGCCUUGAUAUUGAUCCAACUGACUUGAGGCAUAAGCUCAAAAGAUCUGUUGUUAAAGUCGAGCCUGUUGAAUUAAUAGACUUGGGGGGAAAAAUGAGUUCAAAGACUGAUGUCUGUGGUCCAGCCCUCCCUCCUCACUUGGUUUCACAAUCAGGCAGACAUGCACCAUCAAAUACAGAAGGGCCUGCGUUACCGCCCCACCUUCGCAAGGGAGAUAGAAAAAUAGGUCCCUCCAUCCCAGACCAACUGCGCAAAGAACUGGCCGAAAAUGAUUGCGAAAUUAUAAAAUGUGAGAGUUCUGAUGACGAUGGCAUUGGGCCUUUACCUGCAGGAGCAGAGCGCAAGUGGUCAGAUGCUCACCGGCGCCUCGAGGAAAGAGCUUUAGACAUAAAGAUUAGAAAUAUGGAUGGACAUUCUAUGCAAAGUUCUAAGGUUAAAUCUCGAGAACAGUGGAUGCUAGAGCUACCAGAGGGAAAAGCAAAGUAUAUGGGUCUGGAAGCUCGAACAUUUAGGGCCAAGGAAGGUCCUGACAUGUCUAACAGAUCGAGCUGGACUGACACACCUGAAGAAAAGGCUCGAAAAAAAGCUGGUGUGGAAAAGGAAGAAGAUCCUGAUGUAGUUCUACAGAGAGAGGCGAGGUCGCGCCAGCUGGCCAGCAGAGACGAUGAACAAGAGAAGGCUGUAAAAAAACAUAAGAAGAGGCACAAGAGAGAUGAGUCUUUACUUGAGAUGCAUGAAAAGAAAAUAAAAAAGAAGAAGAAGAAAGCUGACAAAGAAGAAAAACAGGAGCGGCGGCCGUUCAGCCGCGACGUUGACUUGCAGGUGAACCGCUUCGACGAGGCGCAGAAGAAGUCCGUCAUCAAAAAAGCUCAACUCCUGGAUUCGAGAUUCUCUCGCGGAGAAGCCAAGUACUUGUAACUUGCUACUGAUGUGCUGUUAGAAAGUUUACGAAUU